UAAUUAACCAGGUUAGUUAAUACAGUUUUUACGGUAUUCAUCCCCGAACCAUAAACUAGUGGUUUUAAACUAGGAUGGCAACCCGGCCCCCGAAACCAUGACGAAUUACUACUAACUGAUUGUAAGAAAGUGGAAAGAAUUUAUAUACAUAUUAUAUAAAAUAUACAUGGGAAAAUACAAUUGUAAUAAAGAAAAAUGAGUAUAAUAAAUUGUAACUAAUGAAUAUCUCAUUAAUACGGUUAUGCUUUACAGUAUUAAAUGGAUCUAAUCUACUCUCUACUUUUUAAGCUUUCAAAUCACCCAAUUGUCGACAUAUCCAUCAAAGACAAAAACCUGAUAAACUCAAUUUUACCAAUUAUUGAAGCCAAAAAACGUAUUAUGCAUGCAUUUAAUGACUUGGAUGAUAUAUUCCUUAAGGGCCCGAUUUUCUUUGAAGAAAUAAUUUUAGCUAAUUUUAACAUUUUUAAUCUAACUGAUAAUUUUUCGCCAAAUCCAAUUCCAAUACCUUUUGUUGAAUUAAAAAAUUGGGAAUCUUCAGUAGAAAAUGAAGGAAUGUUUAACGAUCGUUAUCACAAAUAUUUAUUAGUUGACAGACUUUUGCUGGUUUGUAUAGCUAAAUCUAUGCCUGUUUUUGAAAAAUUGACUUUAUCUGAUCAGGUAUAUAUAAUCUAUAUGAAGGUGAUGAGAAUUGUGAAGCAAAUUUGCUUCAAUCUUUUAUAG